AUUGCGCAGACAUAUCGCGGGGUAUGAAUGUUUCCUGUCGGCUUUAGUCGCUGCUUUUCAAAAGUUUUUAGUUCACUUCUACUAUUUUCAACGAUCCGUCCUCGCGAUAAUGAUUGGUGAACGAGACAUAAGGCGUUAAACUUUGGCUGCAUUCAGGGGUGCAGGAACAACGGGGGCUAAUUUACGGACGGAAUUGGGUGACGGGAUCGAGGAACCGGGACUUGUACGCGGAAGAUCGAUGUUAGGGGAUGUAACGUGAACCAGGAACGGGAAGAUCGUUUCGGAGCAAAAGAUGUCAAGCUUCGAAGUUAACGGUGGAGUCGUCGACGUCUACGAGCCGUCCUCAGAGGAUCUGAGAAAGCAGAGGGAAAACAAUGAAACGGGGAACAAUAGAAGAAAUUCCAACGAUUCAGGACAUCGAAUUUCCAGGGAAAUAAACUCUCCCAACAAAUGUCCUUGCACCCCGACGCCAAAGCCACGUCGGAAUAUAUUUGUCAGAGGAUUCUCCAAUCUGCGUAAAAAAAUGCGGAGAUCAAAUUCUUCCCGAUGCGAAUAUUCUGUAUGUAAUAAUCCGCGCGAAUGCAGAAAGUGUCCUGUUAAAAAAUGUUGCGCUGAAAAUACUUCGAAGGAACGAAAUCGCAGUACGCCUGAGAGGAGGAAAGUGAAGUUUUCAAAGUAAAGGAUAACAAUGGAUCAGCAUUUCUAGUAAGUAUUUCGUUUGUAUUUGUUUACAAAAACAAUUAUAAUUGUUCGCGGGGAUAUCCUCGAUUUGCGAAUUAACGGCACGUGUAC